AUGCCCGUCAUGUUCGAUUCCCCGGACAGUCUGCUCGAUAUCGAACUCGAGAUUGUGUCGGCCAAGGGCAUCGACACCGGUGACUACCUCGGCCUCAAGACCGCUCUCAAGGGCGAGUUCUCGUCGAGGGACGCGUACGUUUACAUUGAGAUCGACGGCCAGAAAGUGGCCUGGACGCGGCCGAUCUUCGACACGCUCAAGCCUGAGUGGAACGAGAAGUUCGUCUUCAAGAAUGUCCAGCACUCGUUGGUGUUCAAGCUUUCGCUGUUCGACAAGGAUGUGGACGCCGACGACGAGUUGGGCGAGGCGCAGUUCAUUGCCGACACCGCUAUGUAUGCCACGGAGACUGCGUUCGACCUGCCGAUCACCAUGGCCGGUAGAAACGCCGGCACACUUAGUAUCAAGGUGAAUUCGCACCCUGUGAGCUUUGACGAAGACGCCGAGCUGCAAGAGAACAAGAACUACCCAACGAUCCAGCGGAUCUUCUCGCCCGACCACCCGGAGUCGCCUGUGUUUCGUCAAGCAGUCAUGACGCAGCACGCCUACGGCGCGGUUUCCUCGCCCAACGAGUUCUUCGAGCUCAAUCACAACGGUAGACGCCAGGACAAGCCCGUGCUCUUCACGUACGUCAUCACCAACAAGGCUGCCUUCUCUGUCAAGUACGCCGGCGAAUUCCGCAUUGACACCGACCGGUUCGACAUGCCCACGCUGUUUAUCGACAACAACAGUGGUACGUAUGCGCCGCCCACCGAAGACCUGCUUCAGCUCCAGGCUCUCAUGGAAAACAACGCCCCUGGAAUUAAUUGCAUCGCGCUCGGCCAAAACGACGAAUCAUUGCAGGAGGCGCACAAGGAGACCCUGGCCGCAUGGGAGUAG